AUGCCUCACAUCACCGAGUUUCAAGAAAGAGUCUACCUCCAUCUUCUGCUCAUCCCACCAGGCCAAGUCACCACGUACGCGGCGCUCGCACAGGCCCUGGGCUCGUCUCCUCGCGCAGUCGGCGGCGCUCUGCGCUGUAACCCGUUCGCCCCGACAGUACCGUGCCACCGCGUCAUCGCUAGCGAUGGGUCCUUGGGUGGCUUUUUGGGUGAGUGGCGGAAGACAACGACAACAACACCGACACCGACACCGACACCGACAACGACGACAACCGCAGCAGCAACAGCAACAGCCGCAGCGACAACCAAGCCAACACCGCCGCCGCCAAUGUUGGGGCUGACCCAGAGCAUGAAGUUGGAAUUACUCGAGAACGAAGGCGUCGAGUUUGUACAAGACCACACCGGCAAAGUCAAGCUGAAGAUGCUUGUGUCGUCGUCGUCGUCGUCACCAAAGAAAUCGCUAUCGGCUGGAAGCAGAGCCCAGAUCACAGCGCGACGACAACAUCCGCCUCCGCGACCAGAUAGGUCAGGAACCCAACUAAACAGCAAAACUCGACCGAAAUUCAAAUCCACAACCAUCACCACCACCACCACUGAGAAGAGCAACGGUGGUAGCAGCAAAUGGGAUUGCAGCAGGUACAUGUAUCCGUAUUUCGACGGCAAUCAUGGCCACAACGGCAAGGAUCACACCCCCGCGGACAACCAAGAUCAUGAGGACAUGGAACCCAAGCAGAUCUGGUUCACUGGCCCUUGGGACACCACACAUGCCCGAGAGGGCCUGAGGGAGAUCAUGGUAUCCGCUUCACAAACUUGA